UCAGCAAUGGUCUAUCUCACGAAAUGUUGCCUUUUCGCUGGUGCUACUCUCGCUCGCCUCAGUAUUCUGUCUCUCCACGUUGUAUGGGCUCUAUGGUUACGUGAGCCAAACGGUUCCCCUCCCAUCAACCGGAGUGUCUGCCCUCUACACUUCUCUACAUCGACCGGUAUUCAUCUUGGGAAUAGCGAUUGUAUGUUUUCUGUGCACGAACGGCUAUGUGCCUCCGAUCCGAUCGCUACUCACCUGGACAGGGUUUCGUCCGUUCGCCCGAUUGACCUAUGGGGUCUAUCUUGUUCAUCCUCUUAUAAUACUGUUUCUUUGCCUGGGUGGACAGUAUCCGAUAAUAUUGGAUAACUUAUUUCUGGUAAGUUGCCGUCGACAAAGCGCAUUGUGGUUGCCACUUGCUGGGUAA